AGAAAGCGCUCUCUCAAUAUGGCUCUUCCCAAGCGUAUCAUCAAGGAGACUGAACGUCUCAUGGCCGAGCCGCCGUUCCCCACGAGGACAACUUGCGCUACUUCGACGUCAAGAUCCACGGCCCCUCACAGUCUCCUUAUGAAGNGCGGAAUCUUCAAGCUCGAGCUGUUCCUGCCCGACGACUAUCCCAUGACUCCACCCAAGAUCCGUUUCCUUACCAAGAUCUACCACCCCAACAUCGACCGCCUCGGUAGAAUUUGCUUAGACGUCUUGAAGAGCAACUGGUCGCCUGCCCUGCAAAUUCGUACUAUCCUGCUCUCUAUCCAAGCCUUGCUCGGUGCUCCCAACCCUGAUGACCCGCUCGCCAACGAUGUCGCCCAGAGAUGGAAAGAGGACCAGAAUGCUGCCAUUCAGACUGCAAGAGAGUGGACCCAGCAAUAUGCUAAGCCUUGA